GUUGAUAUAAGGUUUGACUCCUCGACAAGGGUCAGUUCGCUCUAGACGACUGCUAAACAAGUUGUUUUUACUAUUUUACUAUUACACGUGACGUGGUUAUUGGUCAACAACCAUAUCGGUUAUCAUGGCUAAAAGCAGGACAUCUGUUUUGUGGACGUUGUCACUUUGUAUCGUCGCGUGCGCCUUCCUGUGCCACAUCCCAUCAAUGUUCGCAGUAAUCCUCCGAACCAAGGCCAGAAUUGUGCGGAUAAAUGAGUUUGAGCCCGUUGAGCUGACCUGCAUAAUACACUUCGCUUCCACCUACAACCUGAGGAUUGAGUGGAAGAAGAUCAGGAACGGCAUCCCGAGCUAUGUUUACUACCGAAGGAAGAUUGUAGGUGACUUGGAGAACAGGGCACAGCUCAGAGAGCCGGCCAGCAUGCUGAUCUUCAAUGCCACCCGCACGGAUACGGCCGAGUACCGCUGCGAGGUGGCCUACAAUGACGGCUCUGGGGAAUUUGAUGAGAUUAAGAUUAAUCUUGAAGUGAGAGUGAAACCCGUGGAGCCCCAAUGCAGCGUGCCCAAGGCGGUCACGGUGGGCAUGGCGGCCGAGCUCCAGUGUCUGGAGAAUGAAGGCUUCCCGGCACCUGUCUACCGCUGGUUCCGAAACAAUGAGGAGCUUCCCCAGGACCCCAAGAACAGCCCCAAGUUUAUCAAUGCGACUUAUACCAUGAACACCAGCACUGGAAGCCUGAAAUUCCACAGGGUGAGGAAGGAGGACGCGGGGGAGUACCACUGCCAGGCCAAGAAUGAUGCCGGCCACGCCCAUUGUCCCGCGAAUUUGAUGGAAGUCCAUGAUGUUGACAUCCUCGCCAUCAUUCUCAAGUCUGUCGGCGGCGUGAUAGCUGCCCUCUUUGUGAUCAGCAGCAUUUGGUGUUUUGCUUCACGCGUCUACGCCUCCAAAAAAGCCAGAAAUGAAAACGAAAAAGCCAUCUUCUUCAAAAAAGGCCAAAAUGAAAACACAGUCAGUUUGUCAGCGCAGAACGAUGGUGUUGAUGACGACAAAGCCGAUGAGGGAAAUUUCAUCCACAACCCAUCUUUCAUUAUCUGAGCCGAGGGAGAAGCAACAACAAUUGCACUAGGUGUUACGUUCAAGCUGUAACAUGGCACACUAUUUUCUGAUGCACAUUAAGGCAACUUACCAAAGUAAUGUUCAGUGUGGUUUUGUGGCACUGAAUCAUGUUUUUACAGCAUUGACAGAUUUUACAUUAUGAAACUGCCCAUUAUUCAUGUCAUGCUCCACAUUCCACUUGAAGCGGAUUAUUUUUUUGUCCUGCAUAUUUCUACCUGACUGUAAAGUCAGUCAUUCAUUUCUAAAAUGCUACAUUAUGAUGGUGGCAAUCGACGCGUUGAAUUAACAUAACAUCACAGGUUUUGGAACAAACUCUUCAUGUUUUGUCUUUGCUCGUGAGAAAAUAAAACAUUUUAUGAUUCUCUUUUGUGAUCAUAUAAACACUCAAAACUGUUGUAAAAUAAAAUACCCACUGUUCUUG